AUGAAUGAAAUUGAAUUUAAUGUGCUAGAUAAUCAAAUUGUUGCACCAUCGACCUUGGAAAAUACACCUAUUCCUUCUCAAUCGACAACAUUUGGUUUAUUACAUCAUCAAAAUACUGUUGACGUUUUUACAAUUAGAGCAUACAAUUUAUUAUCUAAUGGUGCAAUUAUUAAUAGCAACCAAUUGCAAAGCACUGCAGCUUCACCACAUACAACAAUACAUACACCUGCAGCUUUAGUAUCAAACACUAAUAUUGCCAUGAAAGUAUUAACAACAGACGAAGGGUUAUUGAAAUUGAAUGAUGUGAAUAAUAUAAAUGAAAAUAAUAAACUGGCAAAUGAUAACGACAAUAAUGGUAAUAAUAAUACUAUUAAUAACAACAAUAAUUCAGCAACAAACAACAAUAAUUCAGCAACAAACAACAAUACUAACAACAAUAAUAAUGUAAAUAAUACACCAGAUUCGAUCUCUACAUUUGGCAGUAGUAAUACAUUGAUUCAUAAUACAUAUCACUUUAAUAUGCAAUUAUUUCAAAAGAUUUCGUUAAUAUAUACUGCAAUUAUAUCAAGUUCUGUUGUAGAUAAUAUUAUAGAUAAAUCAUCAUCGUCACCUAAAUCAGCUAUUGAAUUAUAUCAACGAUUUAUGCAAAUUAUAAAAGGACUGGAAUUAGGUUUUGAAGUUAGUCCGUACGCCAAAUAUUUUCAGCGUCUCGAUGAACAUUUAUGGCAAAUCAAGAACGAUUCAGAACUUAUUGAGGAUAAAAUAUGGCAGUCUAUAACGACAUGUAUUUUUACGGUAUAUGAUCCCCAAACUGGAAAAUUGAUAAAUUCAAAUAAUAUUCGUGUUAGAAAAAAUGCACUUAAGAAUGGAUCUAAUCAUAGUAGCAAUGGAAUUGAUAAUAACAGUAAUAAUAAUAAUAAUCCAUUAAUAGAAAACGGCAAUAAUAUUAAUAGUGAUAUUAUAAUCAAUUCUCAUGACACUAGUAGUAAUCAUAAUACUUCGAAUACUCCUUCAAGUAAUAGUUCUAAUACAGAUGAUAAACAAAACACUACAUUAACAUCUAAUGGUACAUCCACUGACACUACUAUACCAAAUAACACAAAAUCUAAAAAGAAGUAUACAAGGAAAAAAACAACAGUUGCAAGACAAACGACUGGAAAGAAAACUACAAAGAAUACCAUACAAAAAAGUAUUUGGAAGAAUAAUAAGAAUAUUCGAACUAGUGGUAAUAUUGCCGAUGAUGGUCUUCUCCAACUACAUCAAAAUCAACAAAAAUCACAACAGCAAAUACUACAAAAUUCUAAUCAAAAUAAGUCCAAUAAUGGAUUAUUUGGACAAGAUGGGUUAUUUUCACAGCAAUUGCAACGGAGACUACAAACGAUAUUUAUGAAUAGAGACGAUCAUGUAAAUCUAUCAAGGUCUCUGAAUGGAUACUAUACGCAACCUACAAGUCCUGGUACUGGAUUCGAUACAAGUCUUGAUAAUAAUCAACAAUUAGAUUUUAAUAAUCUGGUGUCAAAUGGUAAUCAAAAUCAAGCAUUUUACAAUUUAAACGGUCCAGUACUCAAUAAUACGACUAACAACAAUAAUAAUAAUCUGAACAGUUUUCAGCAUAGUAACAAUUUGAAUGGCAUCAAUGGUACAGGGAAUAAUUUAAACAAUAAUAGUUGGAGAAAUAAAGGCGUGGAUCUAAAUGCAUUUGAUGGUAAUACAAUGGAUCAAAUGUUACAACUUAACUCUAAUACUAAUGUUUCUAUAGAGAACUGUAAUAACAUGCCUAAUAAUAUGGACAACAACAAUAUGAUAUCUACUAGACAAAACAAAAUAGAUAGUGUAAUAAUAGAUAACUUUAAUAAACAAAUGAAAGAAGUGUUUGAACAAAUAGUUCAGGAAAAGGAUCAACGUAUCAUGCAGUUAGAAAGAGAACUUCAAAGCCAAAGACAGGAAACGCAGUGGUUACGAAGAAUGUUAAUUGAAGACAUAGGAUGUGUUAGAAGUAUGUUACAAGAUAUUAAAAAAGAUUAG